GUACUGAUGAUGAAUCUGUUCAAAGUAAUAGUCCUCUUAGAACUCCGGGUGCCAAGAAAUAGAAAACAUGGCAUUACGAACACAAGUAUCAAGAGCACUGGGAAAACGAUGAAGAUUUUAAAAAGUGGAUUGGACGUAAGCUUUAAACGUCAAAAAGAAUACGAGUCUUUUCAAAUUUUCUGGUCAAUCAAACCACAUAAACUGUUGCAACUAUCAGGCACCCGGUGGCUUUUUGUGUUAGCUGCCGUAGAGCGUAUUUUGGAACAAUACAAAGCUCUGCAAUCGUACUUUUAUCUGGAGAAGUUUAAAGAUGUAUUAAAUGGAACAAACAUUUCUAAUUAUUUAGAUGACCCAAAAAACAAAUUGUAUUUAGAGUUUUUAACUUUCAUUUUGCCUACAAUAGUAAAUGUUAAUCUUGAAUUUCAAUCAGAAACUCCCAAAUUGUACUUGCUUUAUGAUCGAAUUGCUUCUGCUUAUAAAUUUAUUCUACAGUGCUACAUAAAACGAAACAUUUUGAAUAAUACUGACAUUUCUGUACUGCAGUACCUUAAUCCUGAAAAUUAUCUACCAUCAGAAAAUAUAUACUUGGGACCUGCAGUAGCUGUAGCAUUUCAAAACAAUGUCUUAACCGUACAAGAUAAAGAAAUUUUUCAAACUAAUUGUUUAAGUUUUCUGGUAGAAUGUGCCAGGCAAAUAUUUGUACGGUUUCCAUUUAAUUCAAAUGAAGUAAAAUCAUUGAAACACAUGACAUUUUUAGAUCCAAACAAUGUGAAAAAUACAACCACUUUAGGAUUGGUUUCCAUUUGUUUCUCUAAGCUUGUAAAUGACCCAAAUGAACUUGACAGAGAAUGGCGUUUAUUUAUCAGUAACAUAAACAUUGACAAAGAAAAGUCUGUUCCUAAAUUUUGGAAAGAUAGUCUUACUAUUCUUAAAGGUGAUGAUACACUCAUGUAUCCUGAAAUAAAUAAUUUUGUUACUGGAUUACUAUCACUGCCACACAGUAGUGCUUGUGUUGAGAGAGUGUUUAGUGCUGUAAAUAUAAACAAAACAAAAUUAAGGAACCGAUUGCCUACAGAAACAUUGUGUGGAUUGUUACUGUCAAAACAAUUAAUUAAAGAAUGUGAUGAUAAAACCUGUUAUAAUUAUGAUAUAACAAAAACCACCAUUGAUAAACAUUAGGCAGGUAACUAAGAGACUGAUCAAUAAGACGGUUUUUUUUUUUUUUUAAUAAUUUUAUAAAAUUUAAUUUACAGUGUUAUUUAUUUUUAAGUCCGUAUUGAUUAUUAAUUGUUUAUAUUAUUUCAAUAAG